AUCUAAUAAUGUAUUUGGAGGUUGAAGUUCUUUCUACAGUUAUUUCUACACAGAGACACACAGUAUCCAUAAUUCCUUAUGGCCAAAGCCGAAGGCAUGUCAAACGCCGUCUUGAAUGGCCUCGCCGGAGCUAGUGGAGGUAUCAUUGCUCAGAUCAUCACUUACCCACUCCAAACGGUGAAUACGCGGCAACAAACAGAGAGAAUUGCGAAGAAAGCUAGGGUUUUGAUUCCUCCCGAUCGUAGUCGUGCUACCACUGCAGGCGGUACGAUUGUGCAAAUCCUUCAGGUGAUAAGAAGUGAAGGGUUGGGAGGACUUUACAGUGGCUUGAGGCCUUCUCUGUUUGGAACUGCUGCUUCAAUGGAUCUGGUGUCGAAACGGACAAUUGGCAGUGGGCAUGAAGUGGACGGUUUAUACUUGUUGGAUGCUCCUUUGUCACCUCAGGGCAUUUAUUAUUAUUUUUAUCAGGUCUUCAAAAACAAGGCUGAGGCAAUUGCGGUUGCCCGUAGAAAAAAAGGACGUGGAGAUGGUACUGUUGGCAUAUUUUCUUGGCUUCUUGUGGCUGCUAUUGCCGGGUCCGUCAACGUAUUGCUUACAAAUCCAAUAUGGGUUCUUGUGACUCGUAUGCAGACACAUACUCAAGCAGAAAGAAAAAUUAUGGAGGCAAAAAGGGAGGCUCUAUUAAGGGAAGCUUCUGAAAACAGUUUGAUGGAAUCUACUUUGCAAGACAAAUUGGAUGAACUUGAUUCAACAAAGCCUCAUCCCUAUGGAACAUUGCAUGCGGCACGCGAAGUUUAUAAAGAAGCAGGAAUUACUGGAUUCUGGAAAGGCAUCAUCCCAACACUUAUCAUGGUGUGCAAUCCAUCCAUCCAGUUCAUGAUUUACGAGACCUCGUUAAAGCAUCUGAGAGUUAAACGUGCUACAAUCAAACAGGGAAUGAAAGAUGUAACUGCUACUGAGGUUUUCUUAUUAGGGGCACUGGCAAAACUGGGUGCGACUGUCUCAACAUACCCCUUGUUAGUUGUUAAGUCAAGGCUUCAAGCAAAACAGGAAAUUGGUGGAAACACGUCAUUAAGAUAUUCAGGUACUCUUGAUGCAAUUUUUAAGAUGAUCCGGUAUGAAGGAUUGCGUAGCUUUUACAAAGGGAUGAGCACAAAGAUAGUACAGAGUGUUUUUGCAGCUUCUGUACUUUUCAUGGUUAAAGAGGAGUUUGUCAAAGCUUAUUUGGUUUUAGCAGAUAAGAGCCAGAAAUUUCUUUUGAAUGUGGUGAAAUGAUCUCUGAAAAAUGUAUCGAGAGUUUUUGUAAAAAGCUGCUAUAGAAAUUUGCUCUUCAUAGUAAAUGAUGAUGUGAUGCCCAUAUUAUGUGGUGACUUUAUGUUGAAAAGGAAAGAUUUGGUAGUAAUAUUACCAAAUAUUAUUAACUGUAAAUAUAAUAUUUGGAGGAUAUUUGCUGUAAAUAGAAUAUUGGUCAAAUGCUAUAAAUUAGGAAAUUAUUAAUUAGGUCAACUAGUUAUGUGCGUGUAUUCUCUCCUAUAAAGAGAAUCCGUGUAAACUUAUGAAUUGUGUGCUAAUACAGAGAAAAAGUUUAUUUCA